UCUCACGGGAUACACAUGGAUUACAGUGGCGUAGCCACUAGGCACUAGCCACACACCCGUCAGCAAGGAAGAAGGGGACAAACACCAACGCAAAGCGUGGCAACGCCCUACGAUUUUCAUUAUAAAAAGGACAAGUCUUCAUUAAUUAAUUUAGCGAGUGUUCAUCAUUUUUACUACAAAAAUGUCGACCGAAAAAAUUGAAUAUCACAGAGCUUCAAAUGCAGUGGUUUUUGGAGGAAUAGUUACAUUCUUAGCAGGACUUCUACUAGUUAUGUCCUUUUCUAGCCCAUACUGGAUAGAAUCUUAUCACGAUUCGUUUAGUAAUUUUAAACACAGUGGAUUAUGGGAAUUCUGUUUCGAAAAUUUCCGAUUUCCCAACUAUCAAUUUGAUAAGGUGUUUGAUGGAUGCAAUCACAUAUUUUCUCAAGAAUAUUAUGUGCUCCGAGAAUGGCUAGUACCUGCAUGGCUCAUGGUAGUACAAACGUGCGUGACGCUUUCUUUACUCCUCUCGUUCUUUGGACAAAUGUUAAUAGGAAUGGUCAUGAUUCGAUAUCCUCUGAGAUUUGUUUUGCGAUACGAGUGGUUACUCUCUGGCACUGCAUGCGUAUGCGACAUUAUUUGUGGUGUUCUGAUGUUCUUGGCCAUAUUAGUAUACGGAUCAAGUUGUUGGAAACGAGAAUGGAUAAUGUACCCGAAUUAUAACCACUUGUCUUGGUCUUAUGCGCUGGCAGUUUUUUGCUCCUUCUUCCAUGUAGUAGGUGCUUUCUUUUUAUAUCUGGAUGCUCGCUCUGGUUACAAAGUACGUAAGGAAUCUCGUAAUUUAGUCAUGCAAAUGCAACCUAAUCCCCAAAGUCAUCAUGGCUUACACCGUAGCGGAUAUAUAUAAUUUAUAAACAUAUUUUUGCAACCAUGUAAAUAGCAGCCGUAUUUUUUCGAAAAAUAUGUUACUAUUUUACCAUAUACUCAUAAUUUGAGAUCUGAAGAGAAUGUAUGAAAUACUUGCAUAUGAUGUCUAAUUUGAAGAUUAGGAAUAACUUAGUAUUAAACGCACGUACAAUGAUAUUCCGUCCAAUUUUUAUGAGUGUUUCGUUGCAUAUCAUGUUUAAGAAAUUAAGAAAUUGUAUCUGAAACUCGUCUCGAUAACUUGCUUGUUAUGUUGGACAUUAUUUUUUUAUCGCGUGUGAAAAUAUUUAUACAUUUUGACCGUCCGCGAAGAAAGAGAACUAAUGCGGAAGAAAUAGAUUUUUAGGAUUUUAUACCAAUCUAAAGUUUUUUAUUUGCUCUGUUAUAAUAAAUAAUACUAUUCCUAUAUCGGAAAAAUCUAAAUUAUUUUCAAACUACAAAGUGAGGUUUUAUCAUGGACUUCCUGGGUUAGACCGCCUUUUCAAUCGCUCCUUCUUUAAAAUUGAAGCUAUCGCACAUUAGGUUCCAUUCCUCACGGAGGAUCACAUUGUUUAAAUACACUUUAAAGUCAAUUAAACAUUGUAUAAUUAAAAUAAUGUACGAGACUCUUCAGUCGUAUUAGUUUAACGUAAAGUGCACUUAUUUUUAACUGUAUUAGGUAUUUAGGAAUCAUCAAAAAUUCGAAAUUACUGAAAAAAGUGUUAUGUAACGUCAGUCCUUUACCGGAAGCACGAUUUUGCAUUAAUUUUUAGUUUCAAUACAGAAUUAAAAUGUGCUUCACAAAGUAUUGCAUGUUUUUAGAUCUCAUCCAUAUAACACUACUAUUCUUGCAGAUUUCUUCAACACAUUUAUGGAUGAUGAAAUUUUUCGUCAACAGUUGAUAUGAUCUGCAUUAGCAAUAAACUCAUGUUAUAAGAAUUCCAAGUGAACAAAAAAAUUAAGGAUGUCCUAGAGACUUCUUCUAGACAUCCCUAAGACGUCUUAUGGAACAUGUCUUUUAGGCAUCCUAGGGAUGCUCAUAAGACGUCUAAAGUCAACACGAAAUAUGUCCCGAGAACGCCCUAUGUCUUUAAGACGUAUUUAGGACAGUGGCCGGCAAACUUUUUGCUUAGUUUUCAGGUAUCGUCAGGCUCCACCCGACUUAAUUGUUUCUACUACUUUUCGGUCUAUAUAU